ACAGCUCACGUAUUAGGCAGUGCGCCGGCGGAUCUCGACGGUGUCAGAUAGACAAGUGAGUCGAAAGUAUAACCCGGACUCCAUCCAUUUAACCACUGGAUCGACGAUGCGCAGCCUAAAACGUUUUCGUUUGAUCACCUUCGAUGUGACAAACACUCUGCUGCAGUUUCGCACCAGUCCCGGCAAGCAAUAUGGAGAGAUUGGCGCCCUAUUUGGGGCACGGUGUGAUAACAAUGAUCUGGCCAAGAAUUACAAGGCCAACUGGUACAAAAUGAAUCGGGAUUAUCCAAACUUUGGACGAGACUCUUGCUCCUCAACGACAACACCCAAGAUGGAAUGGCAGCAAUGGUGGCGAAAGCUGAUAGCAGGAACCUUUGCUGAGAGCGGCUCGGGCAUAUCGGAUGAAAAGCUAGACAACUUCACCAAUCAUCUGCUAGAGCUAUAUAAAACGACAAUCUGCUGGCAACCAUGCAAUGGCAGCCUCGAGCUACUGAACUUCCUUAGCAAAGACAUCAAAUCGAUUAAUUCGGAUCUUCAAUUGGGUGUUAUAGCCAACUUCGAUCCGCGUCUGGAUGUCUUACUCAAGAAUACGAAGAUCGAUAGAUAUUUGGAUUUCGCCCUCAAUUCGUAUGACGCGCAUGUGGAGAAACCACAAAAGGAGAUCUUUGACAAGGCCAUAGAAAAGUCGGGUCUAGCGAAUCUUAAGCCCGAUGAAUGUCUGCAUAUUGGAGAUGGCCCCACAACCGACUACCUGGGGGCCAAAGAGGCUGGUUGGCAUUCGGCGUUAAUUCAUGAGCGCAGCUAUCCAUAUUUGGUUAAAAAGUACGGCGAGGAUAUCAAUAGGAAUCACAUCUAUCCCAGUCUAUAUGAUUUCCAUAAGAAAUUGACGGAUGAUCAAGUGGUUUGGUGAAUAAAUGAUCCCCCAUACAUAUA